AUGUUCAACCAUGUUCAGGUGGUCGUCGACCUGGCACGGAGACAAUCCCUGGACGAAUUUGCUACUCCUUUAACACGCGCGAGCCCUCCUCGAGACAGGUCCCCUCCGAAUCCUUGCCUUCCAGCGCGUCUGCCUUCAACGGCAUUUUUGCGGCGUGAGGCAGACAUAGAAGCUCCGAGAGCUCUUGAAGCAGAGCUGAAACGACAGCGGAAGGCUCUGGAGAUCGCUCUCGCCAAGCCUUCAGAAGAUGAGCAGGAACAGGACGCUGCGUCGACCUCAAGUUCUCCCAAGACCAGCCCAAAUGUGAAACGCAAGUCUGUACUGGACAUACUACCUUCUGCCAUUCAAGCUGCGAAAAUGCUACGCGAAACCUCAAGGCGAACCGGUAGUUCUCCUUGGAAACCUCCUGAGCCCUUUGAGAUUAUGCGCGCCAUAGAAAGGAAGGACAUCAUGUUCCUUAUGGAUGUCCGCGACAGGUCUUUCGAGAGUCUAGUUAAGAAAUCAGGCGAUGUCACUCCUCUUAUUCAUGCCAUGCGGAUAGAGGCCACCGACAUUGCCAUCGUGCUACUUGGGCAUUUUCCCGGUAUAUUAACAACCUCAAUGACGAGGACUUUGAGAAACCGGAAACCAAGAAGAUCUGCACUCAGGCAAGGCGUGGACGGGAAAGCUGUCCAUGCCGCUGAAGCUGCCGUACGAAGCUUCGCGACGAACAAUCUUGGCAAGGCUCAUUUCAUCGCCACUCUUGAAGACUACAUUGCCAACGCUACCGCGGACCUUGUAAUGAUGGCCGCGUGGUCCAAUAUAUUGCAAUACGUACAAGACGACCCAAUGCCCACAUACUACUUUGCCAGGGAUGAUCGCGUAUACAGAGCAUACAUUCGAACGAAAGUUGGAAGGCGGCUUCGUUGGCAGCUGGGAGCCCUCCGAGUGCAUCUGGAAGGUCGGAGCAAGAACUAUCGGACUAAGGUCGAGUCGCUUGCAAAGGAACUGGACGAAUCCGAAGGACAUUGA